ACAAAAUAUACGGGAAAGAACGUAAUACAGUUACUAAACAACCAGAUGGAGUUAAAGCAAGUGGGGUAUUCGCUGAUGUUAUGAAGAAAGAGGGAUUCAGGAAAUUAUUAUCGUCUAGAGAUAAUGAAAUUGCCGAAUUAAAAAAGUUGGUUGCCGAUAUGAAGAUAAUAAGUCAACAUCAGUAUAAAAAUCCAGAAGUUAUCAAUCUUCAUGAAAAGUGUCGAAUAUUGGAACAGAAUUUGUUGACCAAAGAUUUAGCACUUAAACAGGCUAAGAAAAGGAUCAGUCAACUAGAGACAUAUGUCAGAAUACGUGCUUACAAUGCCAAAGUUAGAGUACCAGAAUCGGAUAUAAAUAUGCGAAUUGUUCAGAAAAUGCACAAUGACCAAGCAGCUAGCCACCAUACAUCCUCCAUUAUGUGGCAGACACGAUCUAUGAGCUUAGAAUCGGCCGAAAAGCAUUCUGUCCAAGAAGUACCAAUUGGAACAAAUUUUACAGCGACUUCAAAAGAGAAAAGAAACAGAACACUGGCCAAUAACCCAAGAAAGUGUACUAUGAUUUCGAAACAAAACGAUAUUUCUGAAAAAUCUUUGUUUGAAUAUCAGUCUUUAGCUUGUAACCCAGACGCUUCAAAAGAAUUAGAUGAUUUGACCAGUACAGAAAUUAUAAAUUUUAAACCAAGUCCUAAUUCAGAAGGAUAUUCAGGAAACAAUAGAGAAACAACAAAUACGUGUCUUGGAAGUAAGAUACCCUCUUCUAAAAUGAAUAUUUCGGAGACGGGUAAUCAUCUAAGGGUGGCUAAUGUCAAAGGGCUUGCUAAACUCCAUCAAUUGAUUUACAGUAUGGACAAUUCGAGCACGAAGAGAAACACAUUGCAGUUGGAUUCUUUGGACAGAAACACCGAAAGCAACAGAGAUCAUUCCCCACACCAAAGCUUAACCCUACUUAAUAAAAACAAAAACUCGGGGGAUGAAGGACCAGUGGAUACUGUGAUCGGUUAUGAUGAAGAACUUAAUCAUUUUAUCGACAUGUUUCUUAAAAGCAACACAUUCGAUUUUACUAACUCAAUUAGUGACAGUAGCGGUGAAAAUAGUUCUGGUGACAAUGAUCUGUAAAGUGUCAUUUUUCUAAACGUUUUCCAUCAUAUUGUCCUAAUUUGUUAUUUGUCCAUAACUAUUUAUUAGAAUUAGUUGUUGUUUAAACAAUAAUAUAAUCAAUCAACUGAAUUGGAUUGAACAGCAGGCAAGGGUCUACGUAAGUUUUCUCCAAACAUAUAAGAUAGUUAAAUCUUAUGUUUACAAUAAACAAUGACAGACAUAUGUAUAGGCAGUAAGUUACAAACAUAUAUACAUUUCUUGGAGUGUAAUGGUAAGAUAUUUAUUACAUUUUCGUUUUAGGUUAUGAAAAUAGAAAGAAAAUUACAUAUUGUAAAUAUAUUUUUUAAUGUUAAGAUCUCUUGCUAUAUUUUAUGUAUUUUUGCGCUAUUUUAAAUAUGUUAGAAUUGAUAUCAUUAGUUGUAUAAUCUUUCUUUUUUUACUUUUUUUUUUGUUAACGCAAUACAGACUACAAUUAUUAACAUUUUUUUUACAUUCGGUAGGGAGAGUUGCGGUCAUGACCGCAGAGUUCUGCGACGUUUAGAUCCUAGAUCCGUAUUAAAUCUGUUCAACAUCCAAGUUUUCCUUCUGGACAUCCUGCCGCUGAGACAGCUGCUGAGCUGGCGUAUUUCCACGCUUUACGUCCGUAUCUUUUACAAUUAUUUCAACAUAUUUACUUUAAAUUUCAACAUAUUAACUUAGACUUUUUAUCUUAAAACUUCGACACAUUUCGACUUAGUAUCGACAUUUCAACUUGGCAACUUAAAAUUACUAAAUAUGUUUUUGUGUACGUUUGCUCUGUAAUUUAAGCGCAUAUUGCUGUAAGCGGCUACGUGGAUCAUUUUAAAUGAAUACCAUUCAUCAUACACGAAACAUGUGAUAAUGUAACAUGUAAAACCGAAAACCACAUAUAAAUUACUUUAUUCUUGUGCGAUGUUUGAGUGUUUGAGGUUUUAACAUAAAAAAACCUAGUUACUUUCAUUAUGGAAACCGUAAGGAAAAUAUCAUUCACUGCCAACUAAGAAAUAAAUCUAGUAAUCUCAAUAAUCAUCUUUUCCACAACUACCUAUUUGAAUCAAAAAAAUGUCCAAAAUGCAAUUCUUCGGAUGGAGAUAACUUCCACUUGUUCUUCUCUUGUCCAUCUGAGAAUCGAACUAUUAAAUUCAUUAAAGGUAUUCACAGAAACUAUUAAUCUAGAUCUAAUUUUAAAUGGCUCUACAGAUCUUUCGAACACCUCCAAUAUCUGGAUUUUUGAAGCAUUCCAUUAUUUUAUUAAAAGUACUCAUAUUGUUGUAUAAUAUAAAAUGAUUGCAUCAACUAUACUUCGUAUAUAUCAUUUCCACAUGAAACUGUAUAUAGUUCGGUUUUACAAUGUAUUAUAUUUAUUUUUAUUUUUAUGUAUAUGUUACAUUUAUCGCUUUUUAUUUUCUGUAUCCUUGGGAAAAAACCUUAUAUAGGCUUUGCCUGUUGUUCAAUCCUUUUCAAAUGAAUAAAAUAUUGUUUAAACUAAAAUAAUAUUCGACCCGCGUGACGUAUUUCAUUGAAAUGCCCGUGUUGGAUAGUGUCUGUAUUUUAAGUGUCUGUAUUGCGUAUAUAUAGAUAUUACCCUCGUGCUUUCGCACUCGUACAGGGGGCGUAAAAUAAUUGGUCGCAAAAUAGAAGAAAAAAUCCCAAAUUUUAUAUAUUUGCUUGAAUCCGUGCAUCUAAAUUGCAUACCUCACGCUACUCACCCAGAACUUUAGUAUAAACCCAGCAAACACAAAACGUUUUGACAACAUUCGUAAUUGGUUCUAAUAUGGUUGCGUUCAGAAUGUUUUUUUAAGCACGUUCUCCAAACGUUCGAAAAGGGUUCAGAGAUAGAUUGUACUUUUUUAUAAACGUUCCAGAAACAUCGCCAGAAUGUUAUCUUUUGACGUUUUAAUUUGACUUUCAUUCAACAAUGACCGAACGUUAUUUCCCAAGCCUCGUCAGACAACCUGUAAACGUCAGUAAUUAUGUUCUUCUAACGUAACUAUUCUAGCGUUUUAACUUAUGAUUCUUUGAACGGUAGUAAUAUAUUUGUUUGUGACGUUAUAUUGAUUUCAGUUUUCAAAACGUUCUGUUUUCCCAAUCUAAAAACGUUAAAAUUAAACGACAAAUAAACCAUUCCAAUAAA